CGGGAUGCUAUAUAUUGAAAGGAGAUGCAAGAGUUGGACCGAAGCAGUCUGCUGCAAAAGACGAGAGAGAGAAACGAAACCAAGAGAGAAGUUAAAGACAGCAGACCUGCAUCAUGCGUGCCCUGGUGGUUGUGCCUCUGCUCUUGUGUGCAGUAGUGUGCGUGAAAGAGGCAGCGACAGAGGUGAAGGCGGUGAAGCUGUGCGGCAGAGAGUUUCUGAGGGCCGUGGUCUACACCUGCGGAGGCUCCCGCUGGAAAAAGUUCCUCAGCGAGCCGGAUGCGGAGGGUCCACCCACAGCGGAGCAGAGCAGCAUGGAGAAUGUGAGAAGCAGCAGCACCAGUUUGGCCUCCGAGCUCUCCAGGAGAGACAUCAACAACAUUCUAACAAACGUGUGCUGUCAGGUGGGCUGCAGGAAGAGCGACCUCACCUUCCUCUGCUGAGACCACAACGCCAGCUUCUUCCCAUCUUUCCUCCACACACCUUGAAUCUAAAAUGUUGAUAUUUGAAAACAAUCCGAUCAGUGCAUUUACUGUAAAAGCUGCCCUUUUUCUAUUUUCCUUUGAUUUUUUUGGAAUUUUUGAGUAUCUUAUAUUGUGAAUAUGAGGAUGACAUGAGCAUCUGUGAAAAUGUUUGAACCUGAUUUGGAAGAUGUGUUUGUAAUUGUACUAUAAAUGAAUCCAUGCAUCCAGUGGGGUUAUUUCCGACUUUGGUUUGGUGUUCUGAUGAUGUGGAGCUGCACUGUUAGACCUUCCACCUUUGCUUUGAUGUUUUUACAGGAAACCUGAGCUGUAUCAUUUCACUACAUUUGUCAAAUAAAUGUUGCACUGGGAUUA